AUGGGAUGCCCAUUCGAAUUCGAGUUGCGGUAUACUGUAACUCUAGGUGGGGACUAUUUGGGGAUGCAUAUGGAAGUGGUGAAUACUGGUGCGGAGGCUAUGCAGUUCACAACAGCUCUUCAUACGUACUUCUCGGUCGGAGAUAUUACUACGACAACAGUAGCGGGAGUUGGUGAGCAUCAUUACAACGAUACGGCUCAGGGAGGCAAGGACUGUUAUGAUGGGAAUUCGGUGGUUGAGUUUAAUGAGGGUAUUGUGGAUAGAGUGUAUAAGCAAGCAGCUGGCCCCGCUCAUAUACUUUGUGACGGUUUUGAGAUAUUGAUGGCUGAGAAGAGCCCGUCGUUCCCGGACACUGUUGUGUGGAAUAUUGGCAGCGACUCGUUAGGCGAUAUGCCCGCGGGGGACUUCAAGAGGUGUGAUUACCGUUGUGACUCGGAGAUGAUCUCCCCUCUGCAAGUAGCAUGUCCUGACAAAAAGAGGAUUUCUAACCUCGAUUACAUCUCUGGUGUUGGUUUCACCAAGAUUGACGAGUUGAGGGAGAAGAUCGGUGCUGAUCAAUCAAGGAAGCAGCUCAUUGUUACCCCGCAGAAGAUGGGCGCGCAGACUCUCGAGUCCAACGUUAAUGCCGGACUCGCUGCUGCUGAGCUGAUUUCUGCCUAUUUCAAGAACGGCUCUAACAUUCAUCAGGUCAAUGGCAAGGCUUCCUGA